UGGAAGAGGAAGCACAAAGACCUCCCGAUGAAUAACCGAAAGGAAGACAUGGAGAUCGCUUCCCACUACCGUCACCUGCUGCGCGAGCUGAACGAGCAGCGGCAGCACGGCAUCCUCUGCGACGUCUGCAUCAUCGUGGAGGGCAAGAUCUUCAAGGCUCACAAAAACGUCCUGCUGGGGAGCAGCCGUUACUUCAAGACGCUCUACUGCCAGGUGCAGAAAACCUCCGAGCAGGCCACGGUCACCCACCUGGACAUCGUCACCGCCCAGGGCUUCAAAGCCAUCAUCGACUUCAUGUACUCGGCGCACCUGGCGCUGACCAGCAGGAACGUCAUCGAGGUGAUGUCGGCCGCCAGCUACCUGCAGAUGACGGACAUCGUGCAGGCCUGCCACAACUUCAUCAAGGCCGCCCUCGACAUCAGCAUCAAGUCGGACGCCUCGGACGACCUGGUGGAUUACGAGCUCGGGGCCCCCCCCAGCAGCAGCACGGACGCCCUGAUCUCGGCGGUGGUGGCGGGCAGGAGCAUAUCCCCCUGGCUGGCCCGCAGGACCAGUCCCGCCAACUCCUCCGGGGACUCGGCCAUCGCCAGCUGCCACGAGGGAGGCAGCAGCUACGGGAAGGAGGAUCAAGAACCCAAACCAGACGGCCACGAAGACGUCUCGUCCCAGUCCCUGUGGUCUGGCGACGGGGGCUACGGGUCUUUGCGUAUCAAAGAGGAGCAGGUUUCCCCGUCGCAUUACGGAGGGGGCGAGCUGCACUCGGGCAAGGAGGGCGCGGUGCAGAGCGUGUUCUCGGAGCAGGGCGGGGGGGAUGGCUGGCAGCCCACCGGCCGCAGGAAGAACAGGAAGAACAAAGAGACCGUGCGGCACAUCACGCAGCAAGUGGAGGACGACAGCAGGGCCAGUUCCCCAGUGCCCUCUUUUUUACCCGCCUCAGGAUGGCCGUACAGCAGUCGAGACCCAA